AUGAAAAGGAUGGGAUUUAGCAUCUUCUCUAGACUUCUAGCCAUGCUUCCAGGUGAGCUCACAGGCAUUCAAUAUCUAACACCUGAUCAAGACCUGAUUCCAUUUCCGGCUAAUUUUGGCAUGUUGCAACAGAGCAACAUACCAGCCUUCCAUUUCAACAGAGUCUUGAGUAACUUGCAAAAUUCAUCCUUCCUUCAACCACUUCAUGAAUUCACUCCGCAGUCGUCGAGUCUCAGCAACAACUCAACUUCAGAUGAAUCUGAGGAACACCAAUUGAGCAUCAUCGACGAAAGGAAGCAGCGGAGAAUGAUUUCCAACAGAGAGUCUGCUCGUAGGUCAAGGAUGAGGAAGCAGAAGCACCUAGAUGAGCUAUGGUCUCAGGUGGUUCGGCUGCGAACUGAGAACCAUAAUCUGAUAAACAAGUUGAAUCAUGUUUCUGAGUGUCAUGACCGCGUUCUUCAAGAGAAUGUACGGCUCAAAGAAGAAGUUUCUGAUCUUCGCCAAAUGCUUGCUGACCUGCGAAUUGGUAGUCCUUACACUGCCACUGCUAUAAGAGAUCUUGAAGAGGUCCCCUGCAACACAGCCCAUCUCAGAGCUGAAUCCUCAAACCAAUCUGUCACCAGUUCUGUAGACUUGCUUCAUUGA